AUGUACCGAGCGCUUAUUGGUAAGCGCUGCCGUCGCUCGGGCGGUGGCGGGCUCCAGGAUUGGCGGGUGCUAGGCGGGCGGUGUCAGGCUCUCGGUGGCGGCGGAGGCGGCGGAGGCCAGGGAGGAAGAUGUCGUAAUGAGCGGUGGGUCCUGGCCUCUGCCGGCGGGGUCUUCCCGGCCCCCAAGGGUCGGGAAGACGGGCAGAGGCCUCGGGGAGGGGAAGCCGGAGCCGGGGGUGCCCCCCUGGGACUGGGUCUGGCGCCGGGGCCCGGCUACGGGAGGGGCGGGGGAGGAAGGAUUCCCGCCCGGAGGAGGAGCGCGGCUGGCCGGCCGGGCGGAGGCACCCGGAAGGGGGCGUUAGACUCCCCGCCCCUCGGAGCCCCGGGUGGCGCCGGGUCCUCCGGCAGUGCCCGAGUCUGUUCCACGUCGGUGGCCGACGCCCGCUGGGGCUCGCCCUAUGGGCAGCCAACGCUUGAGAACCUGGUGGUGCCAACCAGACUGGCCUAG